ACCCACAAGUACGUGGGAUAAUUUGCAGCACUCCUUGCGCACCUCCUCUUUAUACCCUCUUCUACCCUCCUCUGCACGCUCCUCUUCAUUCUUUUUACUCUUCUCUGCAUGAUCUCUGCAUGAUCUGCUGUCCUUCUCACACCGCCACCUCACCACUGCACUGUCUCUGCUCUGCAUCUCCUCUCCACCUGUCCAUCUGUCCACCUGUCUCCACCUGACCACCUGUCUCCACCUGUCCAUCUGUCCACCUGUCUUCACCUGUCUCCAAGGACCAUCCCGCAGAGCUCCCAUGGGGAAGAACGGCUGUGGCAUCGUGCUCCCGCUCACCCUUCUGCUCGUGGGAGUCUUAGCCAUUCUGCUGCUCACCAUUCCCACCCAGGACCUGAAAGAGCCUCCGGACUUCAUGUACGGGAUUGUACUGGAUGCCGGCUCGUCCCACACAACCAUGUACAUCUACAAGUGGCAGGCGGACAAGCAGAAUGGCACGGGUGUCGUCACGUCACACAGCGAAUGCCACCCUGAAGGAGGAGGCAUCUCGAGCUACGCGGGAAUGCAAGGGGCAGCUGGGCACAGUCUGGAGCUAUGCUUGGAGAAGGCCACCAAGGACAUCCCAAAGAUCCGACACCACUUGACCCCUGUGUACCUGGGCGCCACAGCUGGCAUGCGGCUGCUCAACAUAACCAACUCCAGUGCUUCAGACCAGAUCCUGCAAGAAGUGGCCCAGACGAUCAAAUCCUACCCUUUUGACUUUCGGGGGGCGGUUAUCUUGAGCGGGCAGGAGGAGGGGGUAUACGGCUGGGUCACAGUCAACUACUUGCUGGAGAAGUUCAUCAAGUACGAGUUCGUGGGACGCUGGCAAACCGCUGGCCGGCAGACGGUGGGAGCGCUCGAUUUCGGAGGGGCUUCCACCCAGAUCACCUUUGUGACGCAGGAAAAAGUGGAGGACAAGAGCAACCAGAUGAACCUGCGCCUCUAUGGCCAGGACUACAGCUUGUACACCAAGAGCUUCCUGUGCUAUGGUCGUGACCAGGUGCUGCGCAGGCUCAUGGCUCUCCUGAUGAAGUCUCAGGGAUACCCCUCUGUCUUGUCCCACCCCUGCUUCCCCAUGGGCUACAACGCCACUGUGAGGCUCAACUCGGUGUUUGACUCUCCCUGUACGGAGGACUAUCGACCGAGCUUCUCUCAACCCCGGGACACCAUGGUGGUGGAGGGCACCGGGGACUACCAGCACUGUUUGGCCAACGUGUCCAAGCUCUUCUCCUUCGACAACUGCCCCUACUCACGCUGCUCCUUCAACGGAACCUUUCAGCCCCCUGUGAAGGGUAGCUUUAUGGCAUUCUCAGCCUUCUACUACAUCCAUGCAUUCCUGCAGCUCGCCACGGAUGUCAGGGUGACCACCUCUGCCCAUCUGGAGCAGACGGUGCACAGCAUCUGCAACAUGAGUCUCAUGGAGUUACGAGCAAAAAUCCCAAAGGAAGAGGGUCGCCUGCAUGAAUACUGUCCUGCCGCGGUCUUUGUCCAGGUUCUGCUGCUGAGGGGUUACAGGUUCGACACUGUCUCCUUCCCACAGAUCUCCUUCGAGAAGAAGGCAGGUGGGGCCUCUGUGGGCUGGGCCCUGGGUUAUAUGCUGAGCCUGAGCAACAUGCUGCCAUCAGAAAGCGUCGGCCUGAGGAAAGCACUGCGACCAGGGGCCUGGAGCAGCCUGCUCUUCCUCUUUACCCUAAUCAUCCUUGUGGCCUUAGGCUACCUGCUGGUGCGGACCUGCGCCAAGAAGAAGGGCGGGGACAACGUCCUCUGAUGGCCACCAUGGGUUUCUGUAGGAAACUGCGAUUGUCCAAGGAACCGAGAGGUGCCUCAGAUGGGGCUACACUUCUUCAGCAUCUCCAACUUUUUAAUCUUCCUCUUGAGUCACUGGCAGCUGUUACGUGUGUGAGAGGUGUUACACAGCUCUUAAAGACGGCCAUAUGUGUGACAGCACUGGAAAAAACCCCACCAGCAUUUUAACUGACCAGUAAUAACCUCAUGAGGUGUGGAAGCCUUUCCCAAGCGGGCAAAUAAUUUGAAGACGAUGAACAGCUGUGAUGGUUUAUCCAUAUCUUUUUUUACGGGAAGAACAAUCCACAUGCACACUAUUUCGCUUAAGGGCAACAAAGUACAGUUUAUUGUAAAUCUACAUGUGUUAGGUGUCAAAUGUAGCUGGACAAAAGGGAGGUGUAGUUGUUAUUACUGUCACCUUAUAAUCAGAAGGACUUGGGUUUGAUUGCCACUCCUGCUGUGGUAGCUUUGAUCGAGACACUUACCCUGAAUUGAUGCAGUAAAAUUAGCCAACUGCCUAAAUCAGUAAUUUGCUGAAAAGUUAUGAAAUUUUGAUUCUUGGUUGCUAUGGGCAAAGACAUUAGCUAAAUAAAGUUUAAUAAUUCGUAAAAUACUGCAAGGUUUUCUUGCAGCAUAUGAGAAAAAACUGAUGUUCAGUGCUUUCAAAGUAGCCAGUAAACAAUGUUAAUGUGGAAAUGAGCCUGUUGUUCCUGGAAGCAAAUGUUGGUCAUGUUAAAUACAGCAAUAACACAUUUUACACAAGUGAUGCAAAGAACCAGUACCAGUAGUGCAGUAGACAAAUAAUGCUGCGUAUUUGGUUUUUUCUACAGCAGUAAAAAGGUUCAGGAAUUGUGUAGAUGGGCACUGUAUAUGAAAAAGCAGGAACUGUCACGUCCACGCCUGCACCACAAUCGACAGCACCUGACACCAAUCAAGCACCUGACUGACCA